AUGGCUGAUCUUGGGAACAGAAGCAGGAUCCACUGCCCCCUGAGUCUCACCUGCUCCCUGCUCAUUGUGGGAAUGUGCUAUGUGUCUCCUGUUUUCUGUCACAGUCAGACAGACCUGCUGACUCUUAAUCAAGCCGACCCGCAGUGCUGGGAGUCCUCCUCAAUGCUCCUCUUGGAGAUGCGGAAGCCUCGUGUUUCUAACACUGUCUCUGGCUUUUGGGAUUUUAUGAUCUACCUGAAGUCAUCUGAGAACUUGAAGCACGGGGCUCUGUUUUGGGAUCUGGCCCAACUCUUCUGGGACAUCUAUGUAGACUGUGUCCUCUCCAGGAACCAUGGUUUAGGAAGGAGGGAAUUGGCUGGAGGAGAAGAGAAGGUCUCAAAAGUGCUGAGGCAUUCAGGGAUUAAACAAGGUGCAUAUUCUCAGCUCCUUAGAACCCUCUCCUUAAAGAAGAAAGAAUUGAUUGGAGAUUUGACAAGCAUGCAAACGCAAAGGCGGGGCUCUAGGUUUACUGGAAAAGAGAAGCUGGAAGUAAAGAGAAAAUAA